UUAAAAUCUGUACGCCCAUAAUAUGCCAAAAUAAAAAAAAAAAAAAAAAAUCUGUGUUUCUAACUUUAUAACAAGAAACCAUUGGAUUUGAUGUAGCUGGGAAAUUCAUUCUCUUCAAUAAUAUCCAUUUCCAAUAGACUUAACAUAAUAAUGGGAUUAUUUGUAUUUUGCGAUUUUUCUGACAUUACAAAAAAAACAAUAUAUUCUUACAACCUGUGUAAAUAUCAGCUUUUGAGAGGAGGAAGUUGUGUAGAAAUAAUGAAACACUGCAGCUUUUUAUUAAUAUUUGUAUUAUUAAAUAAGUUCACAUGAGAAUUUUAGUAUGGUUUCAAAAAAUAUCCAAAGUUAAAAUAUCACCAAGACUCUACUUAGACAAAAAGUACAGUAAAAGUGUGCCAGACACCAUACAGGCUUGACUUCUUUUAACACCUCUAUGGGCUUGUGAAUAAGGAUUGUUUAAAUUGUAUUUUAUUUGCCAGGAUUAUUGUCAAAACACCAACCACAUUGCCCAAACUGAGUAAAUAUUCAAUCAAUGGCUGCUGUUUUUAUGAAUUCUGUUUAACAAAUAUUUAUUUUCCUGCACUGAAUUUAAGAAGUUAUAUUUAUCAUCACCUAAGAUUUUAGCUAUUCUAAUUUUAAAAAAUAGAUUCUAUAAUCAAUCAUAGGGUGGAAGAGUGACACAUAGUUCUCUAAAUCUCACAUGUUUCCUGGAAGCCUUCUAGAAGGUGUGGCAUCCACAUGGAAGACCAGGUUUUACCUCCCACCCACAGUCUUUUCAAAGACUGCAGCUACCGACCCAUAGUUUAUUUCCAUGGAGUCCAUGGACGACACCUGGAACUCCCUGUGUGCCGCCUGUCUCCCGUCUAAUAACACCCCAAUGCAGCACGCCAAUGUCUUUGCUGGGUGGUUUGACUGGUUGGCCCUGGGAAUGCAUAACUGCAACGGGGAAUAACAUCAGGAAACUUUAUAGAUGUCGGGGCCAUCACGUGUCAUUGUAAUUUUAAGUUUAGAAUUAUGUGUGGGGUCUGUGUAGGAAGAUGCAUACAUACAACCACACUUCCAAAGUGACUUCAAUGGGCCUCUGAAGUUUGAAAUAAAAGUAUACCUAAGCAAGGGUUCAGAGUUUGUUAUUAGCAUACUCAAUUUGGGAUGGGGUAGAUUAUGUGGGUUCAUGGUUAUUGUUAUAGCCAUACUCAUUUGACACUGGAAAACAUAUGUUAAUAAUCAUGCUAGGAAAAGAAAGAUUCUCCCAGGAAAAGAAAGACUGCACAGCAUCAGUUCAAGAAGGUCAUGCAUUUUCUUCAUUUAAAUAACUCUGACUUGCAGGUAUAUCCCUUGAUCUCAAGCUCUGGGAGUGUUGGGCCUUGAAGCCAUCUCUUCCUCUGCUCAGGCUGUGAGGUUUUCAUGCCCACCCUAUGCUCACAGUCCACCUUGGAAGCUCUCCACAAAUAACCCAGCUACACCAAGCACCUCACCUCCUGCAGGCCACCCAGUGAGAGGCAGUGACAUAUCCUGAGCUGAAUCAUAGCAUCCUGGCUUCUUCAGGAACCUGCCAUCAUGUACCCUGUAGGGCCCAUAGGUGCUCCCUUCUGAAGACCUGAGAUUGCCUUCCACCAGCUUUGCUCAUAGGGAGCAGCUCUCUAAAGUUUUUUCAAGUAAACUUUCAAUUCAAGUAUAACUCAAUUCAGAGAAGCACAUAAGCCAAAGAUGCCCAGUAUGACGAAUGUCACAAACCAGUCGGCCCUUGGCAACGGGCACCCAGAUCAAGACCACGGGCACCAUCAAAUCCCAAGACCACAGGCACCAUCAAAUCCCUGUCUUCCUCUUGGGAGAGGGUCACCACUGUCCCAGUGCUAAUGCCAUGGGUCAGUUCUGCCCAUUCUUGAAUUUUAUAUACAGUAUAUUCUCCUUUGCAUCCAGUUUAUUUCACUCAACAUUACGUGUUGAAAUGUUUCCUGUGCUGCUCUGUGUAGUUGCGUUUCUUCCCUUCUCAUAGCUGUGUAAUUUCUGGUAAGAGAGUGUCACGUUGCACUUAUCCAUCUUACCACGGACAUUUGAACUGACAUUUCCUUGCAGUUGUGAGUCUGUGAACAUUGUCACACAAGUCUCUGGUACACUUUUGUAUGCACUUGUGUUGGGUACCUCAGAGUGGCAUUGCUGGGUUGGAGAGUACUGGUAGCUAGAGUAAACUUGAUAGAUAGUACCAAAAUGUUUUCCAAAGUGUUUAUAGCAAACCUCCCCAGCAGUGUUUGAGAGCUUCAGUGGCUCUGCCUCUUCCCCAACUCUUGGUAUUGUCUUUCUCCUUUAAACUAUUCAAAUGUGUGUGCUUCCUAGAAAUUGAAUGACUAAAACUUUCCACCUUUUUAAAUUCAUAAAUCUAGCCUGUAAUGCCAAGGAGGCAGCAUGGAGCUACAGACAGUGUACACAGCAUGGAGCCAGGCAAAUAAAGCCCUUAGUGCUACUAUUGCCCCUUGGCCAUCUGAGUACUUUCAUAUGUCUGAGCCUCAGUUUCUCCUUUUGUGAAAUCAGAAUAAAUCACUGGAUGGAGUGAAGAUUAAAUGACAAAGUCUGUAAACAGCAAAGUUCGAGGCAUACUAGAUUCAAUAAUGGCUUGUUCCUUAUACCCUACUCCCUCUAGAUUAUUUUCUCUUUAUUUUUAAAACAUAAAUUCAUAUUUGCUACAGAAAAGCUUGCUCCUUUAGGGAAAGCAUGAGGGUCUGAAUUGCCAUGGGCCACAGUCAGCCAAGGACAACAAGGUGACAUGUAGCCUCUUCUGCGUUGUCCUCCUCCUAGAUCAUGUGAAUUUUCAUAGUUUUCCCAUUUAUAAAAUCAUGGAGAGUGACACUUAAAAGAGAGCUGGGAAACCAUCCAGCCCAACAGCUCACAUAACUGAAACAGUAACUGAGUCUCCACGAGGCUGAAUGACUCCACCAAGACCUUGCAGGUGGCUUGUGGCCCAGGUACAACCAGAACUCAGACCCAAGUGCUGUUUCUAGCGCUCUUUACAAAGCAUUUGGUGCCUCUAAUAAGUCAUAAGUCUAUUUUUAAGCAAUAAUGAAAAUCAAAAUAACUUCUGAUACAUGCAGUUACUUUAAAGCAAUAAGAAAAUUUACAAAUUGUUCAUAAUAGUCCCUAAAAGAUUGCUGUAUAUGUCUUCUACAUCAAUGAUUUAACUUCUCAGCAAAUUUGAAGGGAAAUUGAUCCUUUUAAUUCAUAUGUUUAUAAAGUGGGUUAUUAAGGCUGUGGUUAAAAGCUGUCUUGCCACCCUUUUAGAUCAGUAAAUGUGUGUUCAAGGAAGGAGUGAAAGGAUAAGAAAUGAUAGUGCCCAGUGAAAGGUGUCUGGCAGGGAGGGGCACUUCUCUGGGAGACCCACCCUUUGUGACUCCCAUGUUCAAAAGCUGUUUGUUGUUAACACAAAACAAGGACACUUGUGGAAAGUGGAAUGACCUUGGCCAUGGCUGCUGCCACCAGGGGAACAUUUAACACUAGCAAAGCUGUGGCAGCCUGGAGGAACUGCUCUCAGAGGGCAGACUCCUCUAGGGAGCACGGCCCUUCCCCCGUCCUGGAACCGCAGCAUGGGAGGCAGUCCAGCAGCCGCCUCGCAGAAAGCCCUCAACCGAGCCGCGGGUGAGUCGGCACCCCCUGAGCUUCCGCAUCUGUGCGAUUUGUGCAGUAGUAAUUGUGAGUGCCUAGUCAGAGCUAUAGGAAAUCACUGGUAAGGUGCAUAUGUGAGGCUUUAGAAGUUUCAAAAGCCUAGAUUUCAUGGACCAAAAAAUCCAAGAACUUACUGUAAUUAGGACCUCAGUGCUGAACCCAGGGAGCCGGGUUGGUUUGGAGCGUGCGCCUGUGCAGAGCCGGCCCUGGAAAAGCCAACACGAGAGGAGGCUGCACCGAGUGUGCGCUGACAGCACCUCGGCCUGUCUGUGGCCUGCGCAGUGGCGGCUGUUAGAAUUGCGUCGUAAUUACACUUGCAGAUUUUUGGAGAUUUUUAAAGGUCCUAGCACAAGUUAAUUUUUAAUUAAUGAAUCCUUUAUUUGUCUGCAGAAGAUGCUUAAAAGGAAAUUGCCCCUUCAGGUUUUAAGCCAGGUGGGCUCAGUGGGUGACUGGAGCUGCCAUCCUGGAGAGCAGGUGGGUGACGCAGGUAGGCCAGCCUCUGAGUGUGCCCUGCCCUGGCUGUUGUCCAGGUGUGUCACCUCUGCAUUAGCCAUUCAGCAAGCGUGCAUCAAGCUCCUACCAGGCAUCAGUUGGGCAGCCGGCACCGGACUGGCUUGGAGCAGGUGGAACAGACCCUUCCUGCCCUCCAGAAGUGCCACGUCCACUGCAUGGGACAAGCCAGUCAGUCGUCAGAGCCCUGGGAGAAAGCCCCGGGGGAGAGGAGGCUGAGCUGUGACCUUUCUCAGUUUUCUCCUUUUUCGAUGGUGCAGACCACAGGGCCCAUCAGCACCAAAUGCUUCCCAAAAUGUUCCCUAUUGAUGUUCUCUCAGUAGCAAACCAGUGGGAAAAUCCGUUCUUUGACUUCAAAAACUCAAACUAGAAAGCUAGAGUUUAACUUUAAAACUAAAUGUUAAAAGCAAUUUUAUUAGCACAUCCUACCUUUUCCCCAAAGUCAAGGAGAAAAGAAUAGGGGUCAGCAGGGGUGAGGAGGACCUCUGCUCCCCGCCUCCUGCUCAUUUUAUAAUUAAAAUGUUAUAUCUAUCAUGGCAGGAAAAGAAAGGUAUCAUUAUUGAGACCUUAUUUUGUAUGUCUAAUCUGGUAAGACUAUGAAUGCUGUAAAAUUCAUUUUUAAUUAAUAAUGACGGGCCUUUUGAAAGCGUUGUCUACUAAUGUAUUGAGUACUGUUUCUCCAUGCGCAGUAUGGAGAAAGGUGGCCCCUCCUGGUGUGAGACCGCAGGCUGAGUGCGGCCCGGUGCUGCGCCAGCCCCACCUGCGGGCUGUUUCAGAAACAGGGCAGAGCCUGGCUCUGGCGCCGCACAGCUCCAGUGACUAUCCGCCGUCGGGAAACUGGGUUUUCAUGUCCUUGGCGGUGGUGUUCUCCCAGCAAAUACUGAGAGAAGAGAAUGUCAUGGUGUACCUUCUUCUCCUAUCUCGUGUCUGAAUUUAUUCAGGAUACAUCUCUGUUCCAACCACUUCACCCAAACUCAGCUAGAGAAGGCUCAGAAAGAGUUAUCACGAUGAUCUCUGUGUAAAAAAAUCUGUGGAAUGCCUUUCACUCUUACCUGGUGUGGCGCUUGUGUGGCGUUCGCAAUGUGGCCGUCUGUGUUUGACCCAGCCUGGCCUGGCUCUCCUCACUCACGCGCUGUCCUUAUCGGUGUCUGGAAAGGCCUCUCCUGCUCGCAGGACUCGCCCCUGUCGCGAUGGGUGAGCGCCGAAUCUCUCGAGCGCAUCUCCUUCGCCUGGAGUGCUGGAGACACAGAAGCCCUGCGCCUCUCGGAGCCUCAGAAAGUACCUCUUAACAAGACCCUGGGCAAUCUGUGUGUCCAUCAGUGUUUGAGAAGCACUGGUCCAGGGAGUGCGGAGGCCAGCGUUCCAACUGGACGGCCAGGUACAAAUGCUGAAUCUUGCUGUUUCUCGCAAGCCAAAGUGGACUCGCUGGGGCCAGAACAGGCUGUUCAUUCUCACUUUUUCUGUCAUGUUGCCAUGUCUCUCUGUGAGUUCAGGGGCCACCCUCCCUGGCAAGAGGACUACAGACAGGAUGACCCCCAGCAAUCUCUGGUAGCACUCUACAAAGCCUGUUCUCUGAGUCUCAGAGGAAGCCACCCAUCCUUGUGACUCCUGCUCACCUGUCUGCACAUGGACAGCCAAAGAAGGCUUAUUUGUGACCAGUCCCUACUUCCUGGUGUUCUGCACGAGUAACUCGGCUUACUACAUGGAUAUUGAGCAACUUUAUUGAUGAUAAACGAAGUACUUUCUUAGUUUGACAAUAGUCCAUUCUUUCAUUUGAAAGUUAUUCACAUUUAUAUUAGUAGUGAAAAGAAUGUACAACAAUGGGGGCAUCUAAGCAGGGAGGACCCGUCCAUAAUGGCAUCCUCACCUUUUCCUUUAAAAAGCCAAUGUGUGCUGGCCUGAGAACUAGUUGCUACAGUCUGUUAGGUCCUCCUUCCUUUCUAAAUUGUGGCUCCACAAGGACAGAGACCAUUCAUUCAUACCUCCAGCAGCAGGCGCAGAGCCUGGCACGUGCCCAGCACUCAAAAUGCGUUCGAUGAAUGAUGAGCUGAUUAGUUCUCCUUGGAAGGUUGUUGACACAGCUUAAAAUGCUUAUUUGGAGUGGAGGAUGCUCAUCAGGCUGCAUAUUAUUAUUAUUAUUAUAUUUUCCAUUGGUUACAGUGCCUACAGACUUAAAAGGCGUUAAUAUUGCCUGUAAGAAAGAAAUGUUGAUGGAGGUGAAUCAAAAGGCAUUAUGGUUAGGAACUUGCCAGAUGUCAUUUUUGGGAGAUUAGAUAACUCUGUUUUCUGGUAAAGUGAAUUGCCUGUUUGUUGCAAGUUAGGACUUUGCUGGACUGGUUUACAGGGCCAAGGGGAAGAGAUAAGUAGAUCUCCUAGUUAGAGGUCAUCUGUUUUGAAAGCCUGGAAGAUUCCAUGAGCGAAAUCCAAGUGUUACAACACAGAGAAAUGUCUCAGACUGUGCAGGGUAAUGAAGUCUCCAAUUUAACAUGAAAACAAAAGCUCUUCCCACUCUCCUCUUUGGAAAGCCCAUAUAAUCCAAACCUCUGAGUGCUUAGAUGUUUAUGGCCACGAGUAGAUUUCAGGGGAAAAACCUUUGAUCCCAAGGCGAAAGUAAAUGCUGUUUAGCAGACUUCGGGGAAAGGCUGCUGCUUCUCUCGCUGCCUCUGCUGGUUCCGAACGCCCUUCAGUGGAGGAGCAAAAUGGGCACUCCUGCUCCUCGAGCAGGUGUAGUAUGUCAUGUCAAUGGCAUCAUGUGCUUCCUGAUUCUUCCGUGACAGCUCAGCCAUUAGAAGAAUGUCUUAUGCAUUUUCCCAUUUUCCUUGAUGGGAGGGGUAAGAAGGACCUGCCCUUCAGGAGAUGCCAGCAACUGGACAGUGCGUUCGGCUGCCCUGGCGUCCUCUCAGUCCUCUGCACAGCUACCCACACGGUGACUUUCCUCCUCCCGCUGAGCUCCUCGUUCAGAGAAUUACCAUUAGAAAUAGACCAGAAAUACAAUACUCUGCAGCGUAAGGGUGGUUUUGUCUUUUGAUUUGGAUUGCUGAGCCUUCCUGGGUAACUCGCCUUACCAGAAUAGAAUAGCAUUUAAGGGAUGCAACCAAGUUUGUGCCGUAAUUAAUCCAGUUAUUUAGGAAUGUAUUUGGCAUCUUUGCGUGGUGGUGGCCUUGACUGAGAAUGGGCACCGUCUGGGGCUGUUCUGUGCAGUGGCUCCCUCCCGCCCAGCGCAGGCCACGGAGACUUCAAUCCAUGUUAGAAAUUUUUACUUGUUCUUUACUAUCCAAAAAAGAUUUGGAGUGGAGUCUGGGCCCACUUUCUGGGCUCAUUUGUCAUUCCUUCAGUGGCAGCAGCACUGAGGUGCCUGUGCAGCAGGGAGACCCGCUAGAGGAGUCUGCUGCCUACAACACUGAGACCUUGGAGGACCCAGAAGGCUCUAGCCCUGAUGUCUUCACAGCCGAGUCUCUCUCACCCGCGGCCAUUCCACUGUCACAGCCUUGCUCAUGGAGCACAGCAGUGCCCAGCUGUCCUUGGCCUUCAGUAACAUGUCUUUUCAUCUUGUCCCACUCCUCACUCCCUGUUCACCACUCAGCCCUGCAGAGACCGGGGCACACUGAGCCAUGGAAGGCAGGGGAGGAGCCGCACAGCCCGCCACCUGUGUAGAGUAAAUGUGCAGCUUCCUGCCCCAGCUCUGCAGGCCCUCAAGGCAGCCACCAGUGUGUACCUUCCCUUCCUGCCAGCACUGGGUGCCCCUGCCCCGCAGAGGCUAUUCCACCUCGCUCCGAGGAUGUGCUGCAUCACUUUGUCUUCCUGCCGCCCCACCUCUGUGCCCUCUCGUGCUCUAUUCCCUUUGCCCUCUCUCCCCUUUCCUCCUCUGCUCAUCUCCAGAUCAUUCUUCACGUCAAAGUUCAAGCACCAACCCUUUGGGAAUCCCUCCUCAGUUAUCCAUCUGACUGAGGGCCCCUCUGUCCUCUCUUGGUUGAAAAGCAGCAAUUUGAGCAGCUGCUCCAACUUCCUUUCCAGCAUGUCACACGAGCAUGACCGCCACGGCCUCUGUGGGCUCUGUGCAGUCCAGCUGAUUCACUUUUCUGUCUCUGCCAUUUGCCCGAGUUCCUUCAGUGCAGGGGCUUGCGUUCAGUAAGUGGCUGAUCAAUAGAUGAACUGAUUAAUUAAGGAGUGGUUUAUAGUUAGUGUAGUGCAACCUUAAAGGCAAAGAUCACAGUCAAAUAAUUCAUGUGGAUUGUUUCAAAAGAAUCACCAGGCUAAUCCAUGGUCAGCAAAAAUCAACAACACCAGGUCAUGAAUUACUGUUUUGUCUAUGGGCUUGCUGCAGAAGAUUCAGAGAAUGAUCCACAUAGUUCCCUCCAUUUUAUCAGGCUGUGUCUUAAAUGUCAUGUCUGGGGGAAAACCGUGAUAAGUGGUUAUAGACCUUUCCUGUUAUGACCUGGUAAGUUUCAGAUUAAUUCAUGGAAUGAUGAUAACAUUGUGACCAAAGCCAAGAGAUUAAAAAGUCAUUCUCUAAGACAUAAGUAUCUGUUUAAUCACUCAAGAUAUUAAUUCUGAAAAUUAACUUAUAGUAAUUGACACAAUCAUUCCUUUUACAAACGAACAUAAAGACAACUAAACUAAAGGUACUUCAUAUCAUAGGUCCUGGAAAGAAUGUAUUCUUCUCCUAAGCUUUUGGUCUUUAUACUUCUUUUUGGUGUAGAGUUUGUAGGAAGAUGCAUCCCUUCAUACUUGAAAUGCCCCUUCUACAGAAUGUCUUUGCAGUCUGCUUGUGCACACAGGCAAUUGUGGGCAGCAGCAUGGGGCUCCACCUUCUGUGUCAUGUGCUUCAUUUCAUGGGGUGCUGCAAGGGGAGGUUUGCAGCUACGAUAUCUCACUAAUACGGAUGUCAGUGCAAACCCCAGAAGCAGUUUUGAGGGGAAGCCUGGAAGAGAAACUCCGAGAGGGAUGGGAAGCAGGGAGAGGCACUGAAAGGCCAGGGAGCAGGGGUUUCCCACGCGGACCCUAGAAUGGAGGUUCUGCGUGUGUGUCCACCUGUGUGUGUAUGUGUGGGUGCAUGUGUGUGUAUGGAAAGUUCUAGAGUCCAGUUGGGGAGAGUACAUAAAGAUUUGGGGAUAUUAACAAAAAAGCUAUCGCUUAAAUUACAGGGGAAAACUUUGCUCUAGAUUGGUCAUGGUUAUAAAAUGUUCAGACUUGCUGAUACUUUUUCUCUUGUGGUAUUGGCACAAAAUGUCCCUGUGACAUUCCAUAGAACUUCAAUCAAAUCCAAAAGCUUUGUUUCGGCAUGUUUUAUUGAUAUCAAUAUAUUUCAAAUCUCUACCAGGUUUUUGUGGAGGUAGAUUAGCCGUGAAAUUGACUGAGUCAUUCAAAAGGGAGGCUGAAUGCUACAUGAGCACAGGCCGAGGCUUUGGAGACUCUUAGCUUAGCUCAUGAGCUGUCAGGUUUUAGCUGUAAGAUCACAGUGGUGUUCACAAUAUUCUUUGGUUUUAGCCUACAGCUGGAAAUAUAGAGGCUCCUGUGCUGUUGCCGUGGAUCUCAGGAUUUGUAUGAAAUCUGUGUAAUCACUGAUAUGCAAGGUGAGGUAGGGCAUAACUGACUCCAAGGACAAUCCCUUGGGACAGCGCAAGGGCUGAUUCCCUCCAAGAUGAGAAUAGUCGGGACCCAUAACCUUCAGGUUGCCCACUGGGUGCUCUGAUUUCAUCUACUGUCAGCAAAAGGGGCCAAACACUAAGGCUGGCAGCCCCUGUCCCAGCCUGAAUUCAAAGUCUGUAAAUCAAGGCCUCUGAUGUUCCUGGCUGCCACAACUAGCUUGCACAUUCCAGUUCUCACUGGAAAUGUCAGUGGCUGCUGGACACCACUUUGAUAACUUUGAUAACUAAGCUAUCACUAAGUCUGUUGAUUUGUCUCUUUAACACCUGCCAGGGUGUCCACUGUGCCCCUCUACCCUGCCAUCUCCCUAGUGCACUGCUCUGCAAGGUUUGGUGCCAAAGUGCAGAUGUGGGUUCAGCAGGUCUGGGAUGGGACCCCGGGCUCCCCAGGUCCAGCAAGCCCCAGGUGCGACACCCCUGCAGCUGGUCUGCAGGCAACACCUGCAUGGCAAGACCCCGGCUCUGCCGCCGCCGCCGCCUCGCGCUCUGCCACACUCCCAGGAGGCCUCCUGGGCUCUCUCCACGUGGCAGCAAGGUUUUUGUUGUUUUGGUUCUGUUUUUGUUUUUUAAGUUGGGAGAAGGAGAUUAUUUAAUUCUAUGUGAGUGGAACAUGGCAUAGAGAAAAAUCAUUCUUAGUCAUAAAUCAAGUAUGCACCAUUGAAACCAUAUAUAUUUUUUUUUAAAUCAUAGUAUUUGAAAAUUACAAGCUAUUGUGCCUAUCUCUAUCCAUCCUAAUUAUGGGGAAGAGUCACCCGUCACCAGGGCACUUCCAGAAGCCAAGUUUAUUACCAGUAGCACUGGGGGCUCCGCUUUAGAGCGCUGUUUCUUCCCACAAAGACAACACAUAACUGCGGGUGACAUUUUAUUUGCAAGAGCUCUGCCUUACCACUUGUGCUUCUAAAUAAAUUAUGUAAUUAGACUUUUUUUUUUUUUUUGAGAAAAUAGCAGCCUCCCACGUAGCUAUAAGAAAUAAUACAGAGAGACUCCAUGUUCCCCUUGCCCAGAUGUCCCCAUGGGACACGUUGCAGCACUGCGACCAGGAUAUGGCACUGACCCAGGCAAAGUCCAGAGCAUUCCCUUCACCACAGGGCCCUCAUGGUGCCCUUGGAGACAUGCCCACUUCUGCAUGCCAUGUAGAUCCUCCUCCAAAAAGCAGCAGGUAUUUUAAAAACAAAAAUCCAAGCAUGUUUCUUCUUGUUUGAAAUCUGUCAGUGGCUUGUCAUUGCCUUUAAGAUGAAAUUUCAAAUCCCUAACAAGCCCUUCAGCGGAGCCUCUGCCUCCCUCUCACCCUCGGCCUCUCGGGGUCACCUCUGGUAGAUUGCAUAGCCAGGCAGCCGUCCACAGCUGCGGGCGAGCGCAUGGGCUGCGGGCCACGUGCCCAGUCACAGGUGGCCAGGCUCCACCUGUCCUUAAAACCUCAGCCGAACAGCCACUUCCUCAAGGAAACCCACCCGCCCUCUCAGAUGAGGUCUGGUUUCUACACCCUGAGCUCAGCGUGGUCCCGGCAGCAAUGCAGGACGAUUCUGUGAACGUGUCUCCCAUAAACCAUGAGCUCCGAGAGGGCAGGACCUCUCAUGUUGCUUGCACAUGCUAACCCUAAAAUGGCAACGGUGACAGCACCACUUACAUGAACCAGACGCUCUCCUAGGUGUUUUACCUACCUUAACAAUGUAAUUCCUACAACUCCACAAGGGCGGUACUCUCUUUAUCUCCAUUUAACAGAUGAGGAGAGUGAAGCUGAGUGAGGAGGUGGCACCGCUCGUGUCGGCAGCGCUGGUCCGGACGUGGGCAAGUGGGGCUGGCGCCCACACGGUUAGGCGCAGUGGCCUGCCCUGUACACCUCCUGGCGCCCGCCAGGAGGGCAAAGAGACAUGUUCCUGAGCUGCUGUCACAGCUCUCAGAGAAGUCACACGUGUACAGAAAGGUUACUGGGGGCUCUGAUUCUAGUGAGAUUAAAUCUCAAUAGUUUCCUUAUUCAGUUGAUUUUUUUUUAAUAGCUUAAGUAUUGGGUUAGAACUGAGUUAGAAAAUUGAGAUUUGCAAGUCCAAAGUAUAAAGCAUUGUACAAAUGUUAUUUUGUUUGUAGGGGGGUGAGUGAGACAUUUGUUUUAAAAAACGUAGUGUGGGUUUUGAGGUAUAAGAUUUACGUAGGAUCAUACUAUAAAAUAGCCACAAACAUUGGGCAAAACUCAAACACUCCCAUGCAACCUCAAAUCAACACUAAACAGUAAGUGAACAGACCUUAGGGAGGAAAAGUGCAAGUGUGUUUUCUAAUGGUGAAACCAUUCCCAGUGAAAAUUAAUUUAUUGCCUAGUUAAUAAGAGCCCCUCUGCCCUGGGCACAUGGACACUUCAUCCCAAUGCUGAUGUGAUGCUUUUAGUUUUCUUUGUAAAUGGAGCUAGCAUUCGAUGAGUGGCUGGUUCUGCUGCCCAACCUUUGGACUGUUUCCAAGCAUAAAAUUACAAUUCCAGAUAAUCCUGUCACAAAGAUCUGCAUCUCAUUAGGAGGGAGAGGAAGCCUGGAGAUGACCCAGUCUAACCCCGUCAACCAAACAGCCAGGGCUUUCUCAGUUGUGUCACAAGUGAUUUAAAUGUUUUAGUAAUCCUAAAAAUCAAUGUGCUUUUUCCAUGAAAGGAAGUGUUACCACAUUUUCCAAGUGGGAGGCAUCUGUAUACUUACUCCUUCUUCCUCUGAUCCCCGCCCUCCUCCCCCCCCCACCCACACAGCAUCUGUAGUUCUUAAACUAAAAGCACAAAUUAUUGUAAAAGUUAAUUGGGCUUACAAAGGAAUGCUUGUGUAGAAAACUUUCUCAGCUUCAGGGAGAAAAAUCUGCUUGGAAAGGCUGUUCAGCAGCAUAGAAAUUGGUUUGUGGGAGGCACUCAUAGGCCCUUAGGAGCGACCCCUUCUGCCACAGCGCCCAGACCUGACGCCACGCCAGGAUAAACAGCUGCGGAUGAGUCCAGUCGCGAUGUAGAGCACACAUGUAAGGUUUGCGCUUCUCUGGUUGCUGCCCUCAGUAAUGGGCCAUCAGCUUAAAAUGAAAAACAAAAGCUUGCUUUAGAUUACAGACUCACUAAAAUAUGUCCAUUUCACCAGGUCUCAGCCUCGCAGGCACUUAGAAGGCCACUGGAAACCACCGCACGCGGCAGUGGUGCUGCAGGGACACGCAGAGCUCCAGAGACGAAACUUGCUGUGAAACAACAGAAUGCUUUCUCCAUGCAAGCAUGAGCAAGGCUCACACAUAAGAGACAGCCACAGGGGCUAAGGAAGCCAGGGCAGGAUCUGGAUGGGGCAAUCUUUGCAGAGGAUGUCCUUGUGCAGGAGGCCAGACACAUGGAAUUCCCAGGAGAACUGCAGAAGAGUGGAAUCUGCAGGAAAGCUCUGGGGUGAGCAGAGAGGUGAGAAGCGAUCAUUACCCGGAAAUAUCUGCAGGGCCAUAAGGUAGAGGAGAAACAAAUUGUGUCUGUAUUAAGCCAGAGCAAAUUACCAGGUGACUCGUCUCAGAUCAGUGUAAGGGACAAUUUCGUGAUGAAGUUGUCAAUAUAAAAGUGGACUGCUUCACACUCUUAGCGAGGUUGCAAACCCUGGCCACUCAUGUGGCCCAGUGCACGUGGGGUAGGGGUCGCUAUCCAAGGCUAACGUGAUGCCCCACACACAACACACGCAAGUGACAGUCCCCAGCCCCUGCAUUUCCCUCUCAGUUUUUAGGAUCUUGUAUCUUAUUUCAAUUCCACUAUUUAGCUGAUGAUGAAAUAGGAAAAGCUUAGCUCUGAGAAAAUUCUUUCGGAGUUUGGCCUUGCUUGGGGGGAUGAAUCACUUCAACCAGGUUCAUCUUCUCGAAAGUACAAGAUAAAGGAGAUCCUAAUCAUAUACUUCCUGACCUCCUCUUGGACUUUCCUCUAAAACAUGGGCCGGCACAGCACAGCCCACGGGUCCAAUCCAACCUGCCACCAGCUUUUGCAAGUAAAAUUUUACUGGAGCUUGACCACGCACAUUCAUUUGUUUAUUGUCUGCGGUUGUUUUCAUACUAUACCAGCAGAUUUGAGUAGUUGGGACAGAGACCGUAUGAUCCUCAAAUCUGAAAACAUUUGCUCUCUGGCUGUUCCAGGACGGGUGUGCUGCCCAUGGCUCUGGAGCACCAUGAGGGACACUUCAGACUCUCUCCUCUAGACGUAGACCUGUGGCCAGCAAAGCCAGCUCUGGUGCACAUUCCAGACUCAGGUUUUUUCAGGCAGGGAAGUCAUCUAAUGUCAAGUGGUCAUUGCUAGAACUGCUAGUUUUAGUUGAUGGCUCUCCUUGUGGAGGGGCUAAUGUGUUCCAGAGACAACAGUACUGCCCUAUGGCAAGAGUUUCCUGAGCCAAAAUUAAGAUCCUUCUGUGGCAGAAACUUAGUUUGGACUUCUCUUGAGUUAACUUGGUAGUUGUUAGUGACUUCUGAGUCAGUUUUCCUACGCCAGCAAACCCAGGAAGGGAAGGCGCUUUCCUCUCCACACUGCCAGGUCCCCUUGCCCACUUGCAAAUGAAACUAAAAGGAAUAUUUAAAUGAAGUAGGAGUAAGUGAAAAGAUUGUUCACUUAAAAAUAAUCAUUAAAUAAAAACACGUGCACCACUGCACACAGAUCCAAUUCUGCUUGGAAAACCACCACCAGGGUCAGGCGAGGCCCUUUUCUAAAUGCAAAACAGCAACAGAGGAAAAUGAGAAGUGUCCUGAGCAGCAAGCCGGCAGUGAAUCCUCCACAAAGGCACACAGAGGUGUGGCUUCCUCAGCUUUGAGUGCCCAGCACGGGCGCCCAGGUCAGCUGUGGUCCAGAUGCCUUCCUUUCAAGCCGUGGGCUAGUCCCUGUGACCCUGGCGGCCGGUUAGCUGUGUCAGCAUCAGCUGUUCCACCUCCCUGCGAGAUUCCAGGCGCUUGGCCAGGCCGCAGCCCAGCGUGAGUGAGCGGGAGGACGCGGGGCCGUUUCCGAGAGAGCUAGAGACAGGGAAGCGACUCCUCCAUCUGGGAAGCCAUCCAGAUUUCACUCGCCCUUAGUGACAGUUACUAAGGCCUCACCAAAUGUGCCUGGUGCCUUGACCGGGGACUCGCCCUCUCACUAAGUCUCCCAGGAGGCAAGGCACAUUAGUCCCUGAUUUAUAAGAAAAAAAACGCUCAAAGUGACUAAGAAGUUGCCUCGGUAGUGGUGGAACCAGGAUUUCAAUUCAGACUUUGUGACCCAGGUCACUGGCGUGCCAAUGGUAUGUCAUUGUUUAUUGUCGUCACCAAACAGCUCAGGGAUUAGCUUGCCACUUAUUUAUUGAUGUUUUUACUUUUCAAACACUUCAUGACAUAAACAUAAGCAGUGGUUCAGUGUCUCUGCUGGUGAUUUGCCUUGUUUCUGUAAUGUGAACAUAAAGCAGGCAUAGAGGCUGUGCUUUGGUGAAAUUGAGCCAGUAAUUUUGGGGGGAAAAUUAUUUUUCUCCUUUCACCACUUCCCAUUUGUUCCCAGGUGAAAAGGAUGGGAUGACUACCACAAUUCCAACCUGAGGCCGCAUGGUGGGAGCUCAGAGUUUGCCAAGGCACAAGUAACAAGCUCACUCAGCUGGGCACUUUUGAAGACCACUUUCUGAGCCUCCAGAGAAUGUUCAACAACUGUGAAGUAGUCCUUGGGAAUUUGGAAAUUACCUACGUGCAAAGGAAUUAUGACCUUUCUUUCUUAAAGACCAUCCGGGAGGUUGCUGGUUACGUCCUCAUUGCCCUCAACACAGUGGAGAGGAUCCCCCUGGAAAACCUGCAGAUCAUCAGAGGAAACAUGCACUAUGAGAACUCAUACGCCCUCGCAGUCUUGUCCAACUAUGGCGCCAACAAGUCGGGACUGAGGGAGCUGCCCAUGAGGAACUUGCAGGAGAUCCUGCAUGGCGCUGUGCGGCUCAGCAACAACCCUGCCCUCUGCAACGUGGAGACCAUCCAGUGGCGGGACAUCGUCAGCGACGCCUUUCUGAGCAAUAUGUCGGUGGACUUUCAGAACAAUCUGGGCAGCUGCCAGACCUGCGAUCCAGGCUGCCCCAAUGGGAGCUGCUGGGGCACAGGAGAGGAGAACUGCCAGAAGUUGACCAAGAUCAUCUGCGCGCAGCAGUGCUCCGGGCGCUGCCGCGGCAAGUCCCCCAGCGACUGCUGCCACAACCAGUGCGCGGCCGGCUGCUCCGGGCCCCGCGAGAGCGACUGCCUGGUCUGCCGCAAGUUCCGAGAUGACGCCACGUGCAAGGACACCUGCCCCCCACUCAUGCUGUACAACCCCACCACGUACCAGAUGGACGCGAACUCUGAGGGCAAAUACAGCUUUGGUGCCACCUGCGUAAAGAAGUGUCCCCGUAACUACGUGGUGACAGAUCACGGCUCGUGCGUCCGUGCCUGCGGCUCAGACAGCUACGAGGUGGAGGAAGACAACAUCCGCAAGUGUAAGAAGUGUGAAGGGCCUUGUCGCAAAGUUUGUAACGGAAUAGGAAUUGGCGAAUUUAAGGACACACUUUCUAUAAAUGCUACGAAUAUUAAAUACUUCAGAAAUUGCACCUCCAUCAGUGGAGAUCUCCACAUCCUACCGGUAGCAUUUAGGGGGGACUCCUUCACACGCACCCCUCCGCUGGACCCAAGGGAACUGGACAUUCUGAAAACCGUGAAGGAAAUAACAGGGUUUUUGCUGAUUCAGGCUUGGCCUGAAAACAGGACCGACCUCCACGCCUUCGAGAACCUGGAAAUCAUACGCGGCAGGACCAAGCAACAUGGUCAGUUUUCUCUUGCGGUUGUUGGCCUGAACAUAACAUCCUUAGGAUUACGUUCCCUCAAGGAGAUAAGUGAUGGAGAUGUAAUAAUUUCGGGAAACAAAAAUUUGUGCUAUGCAAAUACAAUAAACUGGAAAAAACUAUUUGGGACCUCUAGUCAGAAAACCAAAAUUCUAAACAACAGAGUUGAAAACAACUGCAAGGCCACGGGCCACGUCUGUCAUUCCCUGUGCUCACCAGAGGGCUGCUGGGGCCCAGAGCCCACAGACUGCGUCUCCUGCCUGCACGUGAGCCGAGGCAGGGAGUGUGUGGAGAAGUGCAGCCUUCUGGAGGGGGAGCCCAGGGAGUUUGUGGAGGAUUCUGAGUGCGUCCAGUGCCAUGCAGAGUGCCUGCCCCAGGCCACGAACGUCACCUGCACGGGACGGGGCCCAGACCACUGCAUCGAAUGUGCCCACUACAUCGAUGGUCCUCACUGUGUCAGGGCCUGCCCGGCGGGAGUCAUGGGGGAAAACAGCACCCUGGUCUGGAAGUACGCAGAUGCCAGCCGUGUGUGCCGCCUGUGCCACCCAAACUGCACCUAUGGAUGUGCUGGGCCAGGUCUUCAAGGAUGUGACCGCGGGACCAGGAUCCCGUCCAUUGCCACUGGGAUCGUUGGCGGCCUCCUCUUCGUGGUGGUGGUGGCCCUCGGGGUCGGCCUGUUCGUGCGGAGGCGCCACAUCGCCCGGAAGCGCACGCUGCGCAGGCUGCUGCAGGAGAGAGAGCUCGUCGAGCCUCUCACACCCAGCGGAGAAGCCCCCAACCAGGCUCUCUUGAGGAUCUUAAAGGAAACCGAGUUCAGGAAGAUCAAGGUUCUGGGCUCUGGUGCAUUUGGCACCGUGUACAAGGGCCUCUGGAUCCCAGAAGGUGAGAAAGUUAAAAUCCCUGUGGCCAUCAAGGAAUUGAGAGAAGCAACAUCCCCGAAAGCCAACAAAGAAAUUCUCGAUGAGGCCUACGUGAUGGCCAGCGUGGACAACCCCCACGUGUGCCGCCUGCUGGGCAUCUGCCUGACCUCCACCGUGCAGCUCAUCACACAGCUCAUGCCCUUCGGCUGCCUGCUGGACUACAUCCGUGAGCACAAGGACAACAUCGGCUCCCAGUGCCUGCUCAACUGGUGUGUGCAGAUCGCAAAGGGCAUGAACUACCUGGAGGACCGGCGCUUGGUGCACCGCGACCUGGCAGCCAGGAAUGUGCUGGUGAAGACGCCGCAGCACGUCAAGAUCACAGACUUCGGGCUGGCCAAACUGCUGGGUGCCGACGAGAAAGAGUACCACGCGGAGGGGGGCAAAGUGCCGAUCAAGUGGAUGGCGUUAGAGUCAAUUUUACAUCGGAUUUAUACCCACCAGAGCGAUGUCUGGAGCUAUGGGGUCACCGUUUGGGAGCUGAUGACCUUUGGGUCCAAGCCUUACGAUGGAAUCCCGGCAAGUGAGAUCUCCUCUGUCCUGGAGAAGGGCGAGCGCCUUCCCCAGCCACCCAUCUGCACCAUCGACGUCUACAUGAUCAUGGUCAAGUGCUGGAUGAUAGAUGCAGACAGUCGCCCAAAGUUCCGUGAGUUGAUCAUUGAAUUCUCCAAGAUGGCCCGAGACCCCCAGCGCUACCUUGUCAUCCAGGGGGACGAACGGAUGCAUCUGCCGAGCCCCACGGACUCCAAUUUCUACCGCGCCCUGAUGGAAGAAGAGGACAUGGAGGAUGUCGUGGACGCUGACGAGUACCUCAUCCCGCAGCAGGGCUUCUUCCACAGCCCCUCCACGUCCCGGACCCCGCUCCUCAGCUCUCUGAGCGCAACCAGCAACAAUUCCACCGUGGCUUGCAUUGACAGAAACGGGCAGAGCUGUCCUAUCAAGGAAGAGAGCUUCUUGCAGCGGUAUAGCUCAGACCCCACUGGCGCCUUGACCGAGGACAGCAUGGAUGACACCUUCCUCCCAGUGCCUGAAUACAUAAACCAGUGCAUUCCCAAAAGGCCUGCAGGCUCUGUGCAGAACCCCGUCUACCACAACCAGCCUCUGAACCCAGCUCCUGGCAGGGACCCACACUACCAGAACCCCCACAGUACCGCUGUGGGCAACCCCGAGUAUCUCAACGCCCCCCAAUCUUCCUGCAUCAGCAGUACAUUCGACAGCACUGCCCACUGGGCCCAGAGGGGCACCCACCAAAUCAGCCUGGACAACCCUGACUACCAGCAGGACUUCUUUCCCAGGGAAGCCAAGCCAAACGGAAUGUUCAAGGGCCCUGCAGCUGAAAAUGCAGAGUACCUGAGGGUAGCGCCACCAAGCAGGGAAUUUACUGGAGCAUGACCACAGAGGAUAGAAACCCCAGACUGCAGACACCCAGAGCCAAGCCCCAGUCACUCCAGCCCGACAGCCAUGCCCACACUCGAGGACCCACGGGCUGGCGGCGCCAUGUUUGCGCUGACCGUCCCCUCUUUCAGCCAGGAAGUGCCCGCUACUCGGGUGCUCUUUGGGAAGUUGCAGGCACAUUCCUUUGUCUUCAACUGUGAAGCUUCCACAAAAAGGCACCCGGCAAGAAUGUUGUCUAUUUGAACAGAAGUUUACCUUUAAGUGAGGUAUAUUUAGGAAAAAAAAUAUAUAUAUAAGGAUUUUUAUUGGUUGGGGACCUUUGGGGUUUUAAUUGUCAUCACUGAUUUUGAUUGUAAUGGACUCUUCCGCCGAGGAAGAAGCUUGCUUGCAGCGCUUGCUGUGCUGAGGCAUCCAGGCCCCGCCGUGACCGAGGAGCACGGGCCACCAGUUUUCCCGCUGACACUCAGUCCUAUUGCCUCUGCUUCAAGACCGUUGUGCUGGCUGCCAGACAACUAAAUAUACAGGAGUCCUGCACGUCCCAGGCAGGCUUGGUGGGUAGUCUGUCAAGUCAAGGCAGGUACAAUAGGAUACGCCACUGUACCCCUUCCUGGGCAAAGAAGAAACGGAGGGGGUAGAAUUCUUCCUUGGACUUAUUUUGUGUAUAUGUCUCCAUGGUACUAAGUCCCCACUGGUUGACUGGUGUUUUCUAAUUAUGAGUAUUGGACUUACUUGUUUAUUUUCCAUUCCGUAGCUUUGACACUCAAUAUGCUUUCCCUUUCUUGCUGUCAUGAAGUCAGCAAGAGAAGACGGUACAGUAGAUAACAAAAGAUUCCAGCCCACAUUUGUUCCCCUGCAUUCAGACCAAUAGCCUUUAAUCAAGAUGGAGCAAUAAUGCAAAACAUUAAUGUAUGAACAUAUCCACUAAAUCUGAAGCUUAGAUGAAAUGCAUCAAGUUUGGGGGGGGGGGAACAUAUAUCAGGAGAGUACAAAAAUGAAGCUGCUCUUAAAUUUCCUUUAGUCUUCCCCACUCAAACCCCAAAUAUUGGUUUAGGUUACUCAUAGAAGAUGAUUUUUUUCUUUUCCUUUUACCUUAAAAGUUUUUACUCAAAGAAUAUGUGUUCCUCCCUGGGCAGCUGCCCCCAGACCGCCCUCCUGCCUUUGUGAAAAAGGUAUCUAGGCCCUGAAGCAACUCUUGAGGAACUUACAGUCCUGGCCAGAGUAGGCACAUUUUGGCAAUAAAAAUAGCAUUAUGAAUAUCAUGGAAUUCAAGUGGUCAAUACAAAAGUAGAGUGGGAAAUUGAUGAUACUACUUUCACAACAUCUACAGAUGUUUUAGGAAAAAAUGAAAUUCCCUCCUGAAAUAAUUCCUCUAUAGUUGGAGGAUCCCGACUUUUUUCCUGGUCUGUGUGUGUCCUUGCAACCUGAUUGGCUAGCAGUACCUGUAAACAAUGGUUUAAACACUCCUAGUCAAUAUCUACCCUGGCCAGAUUAUCAAGGAAGAAAUGUUUCACACACUAUUUUCAACCUACAGAUAUGCUCAGCCACACACACAUACAAAUGUUCCUUUUGCUUUUAAAUUAGCAAUUUAAAAGUAGAUUGAUCAGAGUUCUACGGUUUUGUUAAGAAAAUAUUUGACCUUUGUCAUAAUGGAAAUAUAAUUAUAUUUCAUUCCAUUCCAUUCUACUCUCAAAUACCCUUAAGUACCUAUAUCACCCCAGCAUAGGUACCAAAUAUACAAAAAUAAAUAAAAGAUUAUCCCUGAUUCUGAGAACAAUUUAGCAAAGGAAAUGGACUCGUAAUUCCUAACCUUGAAACAGUAUGACAAAGGGCAGGCAGAACCCAGGGCAGGGAGGGUGGUUCUGCCUGGGGAAGCCCCGAGGCUUCCCCAAGGAGACAGGCCUCAGGUGUGGCCCCAGCUAUGGGAGCCCCGGCCAGGGCCCACUGAAGACUCAAAGGUGCGAACGGCCAUCCUAACCAGCCCCUCUCUUCAGGCCUGGGAAUCAGGCCUGGAGCACCCCUAGUUCCCAAAGCAUUGCAUCCCAUCAGGGAUUUUGAGUUAUCAUCUCUGAAAUGAUUAGUAAAAAGACUGAGCAACAUAGUUCUAAGAAUCUGAGAUUUUAUACCAUUCUCAGUAAACCACUUGCAUCAUGUAUUCACCUCAGUACAUAAAGAAGUACUGUAGUCAGAACUGGGAGACGGGACCACUCACAUUCUGCUGUCCUUCUUUGUCAAGAAGCAGAUGAUUGAUGAAGGAGGGCAGUUGGAAGCCAGUCAGAUUGUAGUAAUUAAAUCCUAGUAUUUUUGUAGGUUGAAUCACUUUAACACAAUAGAACACCAAAAGCUAUUCAAGUUUUCUUUUCUUCUCCUUCAUAUUUCAGUUUUCCUGCAUAAAAUUGAGUUGUUAAAUUCUACCAAUUUUCAGAUUGUGUUUCCCAGAACGUUCUCACUCCGUCUGUCCAGGCACCCUCUCCAAGGACCCAGUCGGAAGAAGUGCCCCUGCCACUUCCACUCCACAGCCCUGAGGGCCAUAUCUCACCACUUGCUCUCUGUCUCCUGGGUCCGUGCUCAUUGAUGGCCGGUCCCUGAGGUGCCACAGAGAGCCUGUCUGCUGUCCCUUCCUCAGCCAGUGCCUGCAACACCUUUUCCCCUGAGGGCCAGCCUAAGGGGCCUUUGGGAAAGUCAGCGUCGGGAGCUGACUUUUGCAGUGGGCUGUGGUCCUCACACACAUCUUCUCGUCCCUCUAAUGGCAGCCUGUGAGGAACAUUUGUCAUACUCUGAAGUAAAAAGAAGAGACAAAACUUUAAACUCCAAAACUGCUGUAAGCCCAGGCUGUUGCUGACUUUGUACGUCGGAGCACAGUGGCAGCAUCACGUUGCAUUCCAGUCAACAGAGCUUAGGUGUCUGUUGGAAGUUCUUAAUCUUGUGCAUUAGCCUCCCCUGCUCCAGCUGCAGACAUAUACAGACUAUGGGCUGCACAAAAAGACCUGGCUCUCAAGCCCAUCUGCCCUUGGGAAUCUCCUGGGUAUCAACCAAUAGAUUGAUUUAAUUUUUCUCAGGUUCAGCCUGGGCCCAAGGACUGGGCCCCAGGUAAUUCUGAGGAGUGGAAGCGUUCGGGGAACCUUUACUGCAAAGGAAGGCCUCGGGCCUGCACUCACGUAGCCUCUGCUUCACGCGCACAGGGCAGAGCGGACGCAUGGUGGGACCGCCGUGCUCACCCUCACCUCGAAUGAGAGCCGCUGGGCAGCUCCAAAAGAAGGGGGCAGGGGUCUUCAGGGGUCAAACUGACUCAGGGGCUCCCACGUGAUUCCAUUGGGCAGCCAAGGUUGAAACUGUCCCCUCCGAGGUCCCCUUCAUCUAUAAAGGCCUAUGGGUCUGUGUCAUGCCCCAAGAGGUUCCCCUGUGCAGCAGAAAGAACAGUUUGCAGUCAAUGAUACGCCUGGGAUGUGGCCACUAGUGGCCAUUCCAAAAGCCUAAAAGCCUCCAAUUCCUUGUCACUAGCGGCUUAUGCUGAAAGUGGCAAAUAACCCAAAUGUGAGCCUUGAUAAAGCCUUCAGACCCUUCGCGUGCUCUGAGAAGUUUCACAAACCCCCUUAUGAGUGUGCUGCUGCCUUGUAAGUGGCAGCUGUGGAACUGCCCUUAAUGUCUGCCCUGCAUCACUUUGUUGUGAUGAGCACACGUUUUAUCACAAAAACGUAAGAAUUGCUGGUGUUUCCUUGCCUAGGGGCUGUGGACCCUUUCUGAACAGAAAUCCCAGCCUCUUUUCUAGCCACUCCUGCCAUGCCAGGGGCAUACAUCUUUGUGCUCUUAAACACAUAGCCAGGAUUAUUAAAUGUAAAUCUAUUUUUGUAACUUUUUUGUGGAAUAUUGUCCUCGUUAUGUAGCACUGAACUUUGUAAAGUAUAUUUUUAGGACACUCAUUUUUCUACUAAACACAACACAGUUAACUUUAGAAAGACUGCAAUAGAAUCCAAAUUCCAACUGAAAUCUUUGUAUAAAAGGGUUAACUUGAAGCAAGAGAAAAGUAUUUCUCUCCCUUAUAAAAAGAUACAACCUCAUUGAGGAGGCAAGCCAGUGUAUUGCCAUAGUGACGAGGAGAAUUGUAAUUUUUUAUAUUUGUGAUAUUAGAAAAGAUAGAAAGCACAUUUAGCUUGGUCUGAAGCAUGUUCUGUUGAGUCUGUUUGGGGCAAUGUUGAUGGAAAGAGAUAAUCUGUUAUCAGUACUAGAAAAAUCCAGCUGCAUGUCAUACUCUGAUCGUCUGCCAGUAUCACCCUGUCAAUGUAAGAAAAUCAAUAAUACAGCACUUUGUUGGUUUAUAUAUAUAAUGUGAUUUCAAUGCAAAUUAUUUUAUUUUUACAUUUAUAAUUGAUAUGCAUUUAUCAAUAUAGACUAGAAAUAUUUGGAGAGACCUAAUAAUGUUCAGCUUAUCUUGGUUACUGGGCAUAUUGAUGAAAUCCACCAACAGUCUCACCAAGUCUUGUGGCCACCGUAGAGAAAGGUCUCUCAGCCCUGGCUGCACGUGAUGUCACUGGGGGAGCUUUCAGAAAGCUUGGAGCCCAGCUACACCACAGACAAAUUAAAUACAGAUCUCUAGGGGUAAAACCCAGGUAUUUGCACUUUUUAUAGCUCCUAAGGUCCUUGCGAUACGUAGCCAAAGUGGUUAUACCAGCCUAGGGACUGGCCACGGGGGCUUGUACUUACAGGCAAAUUCUGCAGGUGUAGGUGACUCCCAGGCCCAGAGAACUGUAGGUUGCAAAGACUUAGCACCUGCCACUGAGAGUCAGGAACCUGGACAGAGUUUCCAUGAAGGUUGCUUAAGCACUAGAAGAGAGUGUCCAACCAAUCAAUGAAAAGCAAAGGAAAUAUAAAACAGACGCCUCUUUCCUAUUUCCCAAGCUCUCUCCCUCCAUUAAAGUUGGACUGGCAGUUAAAAAAUGAUAGUGAGUGUUCUCUUUGCUUACACAGCUAACACUGCUGUCCUCCCUAAAGUGGCCUUUCUCUGCCAGGAAAAAGGAAACGUUGACCUGUCAGUUACAUUGCAAUGGGCAGACCCCAGAGGGCCGCACAGCGGUUGAUGGCUUUCAUAAAAACAAGGACCAAAAAGAACACUUUUUAUACAUUCUUCAUAAAGUAUACCUGGGAUAAAAAUGAAAGCGAAUAGUUGUGCUUUCUCUUCCACAGAAGAACAACCGCAGUGGUCCUCCGAGGGUGUAGAUCUGUCCUGUCCAAAUGACCUGAAGAGCUAAGGGUCCCUACCAUGUGGCCUGGCAGACAGUGCUCCAUUUACGUUUUCUGACGCGUUUACUUAUUUUUUAAAAAGAAACCUUGUUGACCCUAUUUGGCUAUAAAAAUAAUCUUGCUCUAUAAUAUAAUCUCUUAGAAUUUAAGAGAUCCUAUGCACUAGAUGACAGUGAUACAGGUGAUGGCAUAACAGAUUAACAGCAGACAGCAAUAACUUCAUUUUACGAAUAUUCAAAUAGCUUUACAGCUUCUACACGAGGUACAUUUUAAUUGUGUAAAGUUUUGCUAUAAUGAAAGUGUACAAAUGAAAAGCAGGGUUCUCUUUUAUGCGGUUUAUACUGUUGAUCAGAACAUGUUGCUUGUAUAUUGAGUAUUAAAAAAUUAGAUGUAUAUUA